CUUUGAAACAUCUCCCGCCCACCAACUCUGCCCACGCCAACAAUUACUCAUAUUGAUUCCCAUUCUAAAUAAUAUCUGUGUCUUCUUUGAUACCCAUUUUUCUCUUGUUGACGAUUCUCCUUUGUUUUCCUCUCAUAACUUGCCGACGAAGAUCCAACCUGACCCACACGUUUUUUCCCCCUCAGAUCGCUUCUGAUUCAUGUCGGACCCUACUUUCUAUCAGCCAAUGGAUACCAAAAUGGAGAUUGACUCCGGCCGAACACCUGAACCCCAUCACCUGUCUCUGGCGAGCGACCCUGAGUCUAUACCGACCCUUGACGGAUGGAUCGAGAGCUUAAUGAGCUGCAAGCAGCUGGCGGAGAAUGAUGUACAGAGGCUGUGCGAUAGGGCAAAGGAGGUCCUACAAGAGGAGUCGAAUGUUCAGCCAGUGGUAUGUGUUUCCCUGUCGCGUGACGACCUUCCAUGGACCGAGCGGAGAUGAUGAUGUUGAUUUUUCUUUUCUGCAAUAGAAAUGUCCGGUCACUGUCUGUGGAGAUAUUCAUGGCCAAUUUCAUGAUCUUAUGGAGCUCUUUCGAAUUGGAGGCCCUAAUCCCGACACAAAUUAUCUUUUUAUGGGGGACUACGUCGACCGGGGCUAUUAUUCCGUCGAAACUGUGACCCUCCUUGUUGCCUUGAAAAUCCGUUACCCCCAACGCAUCACAAUUCUUCGUGGAAAUCAUGAAUCUCGACAGAUUACUCAGGUGUACGGGUUUUAUGACGAGUGCUUGCGGAAAUAUGGUAAUGCGAAUGUUUGGAAAUACUUUACCGACCUCUUCGAUUUCCUUCCUCUUACCGCCCUUAUCGAUAACCAAAUCUUUUGCCUUCACGGAGGUCUAAGCCCGUCAAUCGACACCCUUGACAAUAUCCGAGCUUUGGAUCGUAUACAGGAAGUGCCUCACGAAGGCCCCAUGUGCGAUCUCCUAUGGAGUGACCCGGAUGAUAGAUGUGGCUGGGGUAUCUCUCCACGCGGUGCAGGCUACACGUUUGGUCAAGAUAUUUCAGAGGCCUUCAACCAUAAUAAUGGACUCACUCUCGUCGCGAGAGCUCAUCAGCUGGUUAUGGAGGGUUAUAAUUGGUCCCAGGACAGAAACGUGGUAACCAUCUUUUCAGGUAAUUUCACGGAGGAUCCUUUGCCAUAGUCAUUGAUCUGCUGCUAAUGAUCUUCCCAGCUCCGAAUUACUGCUACAGAUGCGGAAACCAGGCGGCUAUCAUGGAAAUUGAUGAACAUCUUAAGUAUACUUUGUACGUGCCACUCCUUCCAUGCCACUCUCUCAAUAGCAAAGUCUCAUAAUAACCUUUUAACACGUCAUAGCCUACAAUUUGACCCUUGCCCUAGAGCAGGAGAACCAAUGGUGUCUCGUCGCACUCCAGACUAUUUCCUUUAAUUCGACAGAGAGCGGAUCUUUUUUGACGAUUUUACAAUGCCCACACAACCAGCGAACAGUAGCGGGUCCACGACUUUUAUUCCUUUCGUUAACAGCAUCCCUCGACGCUGUAUUGGAAAGUAAAUGUGCAUAUGGGUUCUGCAGAGGGUAGCAAAAGCGGCGAAAAUGGGAAAAGUAACUGAACAGGGGAAAGAUUAGAUAUGCCCGCGAUAUUAGAUAUGAUAGUCGCGGCAAACUUGUUCCCAUAAUAAGUUGCGAGCACGAAUACAA